AUGAUUUCGUACGGGUUAAGAAGCAAUCAUUCAAAUGAGUCAUAUUUGAAGGAUCAAAUAUGGUAUCGAUCCCGUAUGCAAGGAAUUGAUAAUUUGUUGAAUGCGGGAUAUAUUCGAUCUGGUUCAUCAGAUAGUGUUCCGUCUAGCUUAAGUAGUGGUCGUAAAUAUGCUGCAGCUAAUAAUGCCGAACAGCCAAUGCCCUGGUUCCACGGUAACAUCACUCGUGAGCAAACUGAGAGGCUACUUGCCGAUAAAGCUGACGGCACCUUUCUUGUGCGUGAAUCAACGAAUUUUCCUGGUGAUUUCACUCUAUGUAUGACGUAUAGAGGCAAAGUUGAGCAUUACAGAAUCUACCAAACAAACGGGCUAUUGACGUGUGAUCAUGAAGAAAAUUUUGAAAACCUCACACAGCUAAUAUCACAUUACAAGCGUGAUGCAGAUGGAUUGUGUCAUAGAUUAGUGACACCGAUUAUUGAAGAAAAAUUCAAAAUUGGACGGGAUUCGGUGAAUAUCGACGAUCGAAUUCGUGUCUUCAGGCAAGCUUCAUUAGUUAUCAAGCGCGCUGAUAUAAAACUUGGUGAUACAAUCGGUCAUGGCGAAUUUGGUGAUGUUCUAAUUGGUUCGUAUAAUGGAAAGGGUGUAGCUGUGAAGGUGCUUAAACGUAACGCAAUGGUGCACUCGUUAUUAGAUGAAGCGAAAUUUAUGAUUGGUCUUGAUCAUCCGAAUUUAGUUGCGUUAGUGGGGGUUGUAUUGGACGAUACGCAUGACUUGUUAAUGCUCACGGAAUAUAUGGCGAACGGAAAUCUGGUUCGAUUUUCUCUUUAA